AUGAAAAUCAUCCUGUUAUUUGCUGAAUUAGUUAUACUGUCGAAAUAGGCUAUAAAAGAUGAUUUAAUAAACAAUAGUUAGGCUGGGGUACUUUAUUUAGAAAAUGAAAAUGUAUUCUAAUUUGAUAAAACAUAUGCAAUAUAUGUAAAUGGUGAGGAUUUUAACGAUAUGAAAAAUUAUAGUGUUGAUAUAUUAGAGGAGAUUAGUAUAGAAAAGAGGUAAUUUAAUGAUUUAAAUGGAAAUGAGAAGAUAUUUAGUUUGAAUAAGAAUGGUGAUGAUGAUAUUGAUAUUAUGUUAUUAAAGAAUGGAAGUAUUGAAUGUUUAUAUUAAAUUAAGAAUUACAUUUAGGAUGAUCAAAUAAUUAUGAAAUCAAAAGAGUGUUAAAUAUUGUUAAAUCACUAAGAUUGCAAUCAAUUAUAUAAAUUAGAUUAAGACAUCUAUAUAAUUUAAUGUAAUUACAAUUCAACUAAUACUCUUAUUUAAAUUAUCAAUCAAACAUAAAUAUUAGAUCAAAUUAUACUUCCAAUUCAAUCUAAUUGUUAAUCUGAUUCCAUAUUCAAUAAUCAUCAAACAUUAAUCAUAUUUAAUAAAUUAUGUUAAACUACCAUAUUCCAUUCCAUCUCCAUCUCAAAUCUAUUAACCUUUUAUAAUCUUACUCAAUAUGACUUAAAAGAUGAUAAUUCAAUAUAAGACUUUACUCCAAGUGCUUUGUUUAGUAUGCACUUUUGUUCAAAUGACUUAAUCGAUAUCAACUUUCAUAAUCUUUUUAUCACUUAUAUUUUACCUUAGAAGAUAAUUUCAAAAAAAAAGUAUUUCACAAAUGCACAUAAAAUUGUGUAAAGGUUCUAGUCUUGUGAAAGUCAUAGCAACUAUGUCGAACUAAAUGAGAACAGCAAUUAACUUUUAGUUAGGAAAAAGACACUAAAUAUAAGUACCUCAUUUUAUAUCUAAUCAUACUGGAUUAAUUACUUGAUGGUUUUUCAUAAACAAGAUGAAUUAGUAGUACUUUUUAAUAAUAAAGUAAAAUAACACAUAACCAAUUCUUUUUAAUACGUAUUAGCUUUGACAGAGUUGCCCGUAAUUUUUGCAAUUAAGGAAAAAUUAAUGAUCAUAUAUAAGGUGAAUUAUCCUUAACAAUUUUUUACAGUAUCUCAAGAUUAGCACCUUUUAAAGAAAAUAAGAAUAAAUACAGAUUAUGUUUUUCCUCCAUCAGAUUUAUUUUAUAGUACGAUUGAAGUCUCGGCUAAAUAAAAUCUAAAAUUUUUACUUCUAACUUCGAAAGCUACAUAUUUUAUUCCAAAAAUCAACAGUACAGUUUGCAUUCAUCACAACAUAUUACAAAAAACAGAUGCUUUUGAAAUACUCGUUAGUUAAGAACAAUCAAAUUUUAACAUCAUUGAAUAGAAUGAUAAUAUAAAUUUCUGCAUGGUGCAAUUAAUCUCUAAAGGGAAAGCUUUUGUUUUUGAAAAUAAAUAUUAGAAUAUUGAUAUUAUAAUAACGUAACAAGAUCAAAUUUUAUCAAUAUAUACUUGUGAGAAGAAUAAACUAAAACAUUUUAAUAAAAUAUUGAUUUAAAAGAAUUACAGAGAUAUUUUAUCAUUUCCCCAUUCUUUUUAACUGGUUAUCAUUUACUAUUAUAAAAUUGAAUUCAUAGAAUUUUAAAACUUAUAAGUUAUUUAAUCUACACAACACUUUGAUAAAAAGAUUUUAAAUUAUUAUUAAAAUUAUGAAUAAAUAAAUAUCUUAUUCGAAGAUUGUACAAAGGCCGAUGCAAAUAUCAGAGUUAGAGAUAUAUAGGCCAUUUUUUAAGAUAAGUAUCCGUUUGAUUGUAAGCUCAGUCUUUAGUUUAUAUUUAAUGAAAUAUUUAUCACUUAAGAUAAAAUGCUAUGUUUCCCAAUUAAGGGCUUUAGGAGAAAGCUGGUUAAUUUGGAAGGUUAGAAAAAUAUCAUGACAAUUGUACUCAGACAAUUUUUGAUUUUAGUAAAGUAGGUGGAAGAUGAAUACUAAUUGAAUUUAUUUCACAUAAGCAAGACGGAGGCAAUUUUCUUAUAUAAUCUACCGACUUAUGAUUUCCAAAUCAAAGAUUAAAUAUCAUAUUAAAUUUUUGAAUACUUCCUUAUUAUCAGGGCUUAGAAGUAAGAUAAAAAUUAUUUAUUGACUUAUGAUGUAAGUAAAACAGCUUUGUUAUCUCUUAUUCGAAUUACAUAGAUUGAUCAAUAUGAAACCUUUUUUUAAAUCAUAUCUUCAGAUUCGUUCCUGUAUUAUUUUUAAGACAAAUUUAGAAUCAAAAACAUAGCCAUUAGUUGUUUCAAUAAUAUUCCUAAAGUUAUAAAUGGCACGUUUAUAUUAAAUUAAGAAUUUCAAUUUUAAAUUAUUUCUUAAAUUAAUAAAGAAAUUUUACCCUUUAAACUUGAACUCAUUUCUAUUAGUGAUGAUUACAAUUUAAGGAUACUUAAAUAAGAACAAACCAUAAUCUCCAAAAAUACAAUCAAUUUAAGGAACAUACAUGGUAACAUAGAGAAGAUUGAAAUUUUACCAUUAGACGAUUAUUAAAUAAUAUAUCCAAUAACAUUUACUGAUGUGCAUAAAGAUUUUACUUUUUACGAAUAAGGAAUAUGUUAUGAUUAGUCAAAAAGACUUAUCAUUAAUUGUUUUGAUGACCAUCAAUACUAUAUAUAAGAUAAUACCAUAGAAGUAAUCCUCAAUGUUGGUUAUGCUAAGGAUAAAACUUUUUAUCAAGUUUUUUAUUAAUCAAUAACAGGAAAUAUUAAUUUUAUGACAAUUAAUAUCAAAUUAGAUGAAGUUUAUUAUGAAAUCAAACAAACCGCAAUCCCAGAUAAUUAUUACAAAGACUUAUACAAUUCUAAAAUUAAAAAAAUCUAAACAACAUAAAAUCUAUCAACUUUUGAGCUCUUUUAUUAAAAUAAUUUGUUUACAUACAACAACAUUUAUGCCGAAUAAUUAAGAGAAGCUUUUAAAGAUAAUACUCUUUUGGAGGUAGCUUAUUUAAUUGAUUCUACAUUUCUUUUUCUUUCCAAAUAAUCACCACAAAAUAUAAUUAUGAAGUUUAUUGUAAUUACUGAAGAGAAUGAAAAAGAAAUUAAAUGUGAUAUUAGAUUAUAGUAUCAAGUAAAAUUAAAUGAAAUAAUUCCAGAAAGUUUAAUAAACAUGUUAUAUUAUUAAACAACGAGUUUAAAAAUAUUUGAAGUUCAAAUUGAAUAAGAAGUAAUUCAUUUUCAAAUCGGUGUUUUUUUUCUUGAGUAUUUUUCUAUUUUGAUUUCAUAUGAAAUGGAUAUCAAUUUUUAAUCAAUGCCGAAAGUAGAAAAUACUGCAAUAUUGAGAUAUUAGAAGGAUUUUUCAUUAGAAAGGCCGCUCUUUGUUGAUAAUAAUAUUACCCUGUUGAUUUUGGAUUUCAAUAAAAUUGAGUUUGUUUAUGUAUAUGAUACUCGUAGAAAACAAGCCUAAAACAAUAUUGAUAGUAUUUAGAGAUUUGAAAAUAACCAUUUUACAGGAAUGGAAAGGUUUAAUUAAUCUCACUAUUUACUUAAAUCUAUGGUUAGAAUCUAAUUUAUCACUCUUGAUGAACUGAAAUUCACUUGUUAAAAUGAGUGCAAACCUAUUCAAUCUAUAUAACUUAGUAAUUAAGUAUCAAAAAUCUCAAUAGAAAUUUCAAAUUUUGAAAGUAAGGAAAGUAGAAGUUUGCAUUAUUAUAACUAUAUUUAUACUUAUUUUACUAAUUCUAAGGUUUUCAAGGAGAAAAAAUGUAUAAAAGAGUUGAAUUAUGAAUUUAUAUAUUUUAUUUGCUUAAAGCUAAUUUUGUAUAUCUAAUAGAUUUAUUAUUGUAUAUCUGAAUGCAUUGACAUUGUUUUGAAUGAAAUAACUAUAAUAUUAAAUUAAGUUAUAACCUAAACAUAGAAAUCUCAAAAAUUACAAUAACUACUUAAGUUAAUUUUUAUUCAGUAUUAAAUAAACAAGUUUUAUAUGUUCUUAAAAAUAUUUUUGCUUAUAAAGAUAACUUUAUGUUAGAGUGUAACCACCUUAUUAAAGGAGAUGAACUAUAAUAUUUUUCCUGACGAGAAGAUCUUUGUAAAAAAUGAAUAGUAUGCAAUAAAUAUUAAUGAUGAUAAUCUAGAAAAAAUUCAUAUGAAUAAUUAUAGUGUUGAUAUAUUAGAGGAGAUUAGUAUAGAAAAGAGGUAAUUUAAUGAUUUAAAUGGAAAUGAGAAGAUAUUUAGUUUGAAUAAGAAUGGUGAUGAUGAUAUUGAUAUUAUGUUAUUAAAGAAUGGAAGUAUUGAAUGUUUAUAUUAAAUUAAGAAUUACAUUUAGGAUGAUCAAAUAAUUAUGAAAUCAAAAGAGUGUUAAAUAUUGUUAAAUCACUAAGAUUGCAAUCAAUUAUAUAAAUUAGAUUAAGACAUCUAUAUAAUUUAAUGUAAUUACAAUUCAACUAAUACUCUUAUUUAAAUUAUCAAUCAAACAUAAAUAUUAGAUCAAAUUAUACUUCCAAUUCAAUCUAAUUGUUAAUCUGAUUCCAUAUUCAAUAAUCAUCAAACAUUAAUCAUAUUUAAUAAAUUAUGUUAAACUACCAUAUUCCAUUCCAUCUCCAUCUCAAAUCUAUUAACCUUUUAUAAUCUAACUCAAUAUGACUUAAAAGAGGGGGAAGGACUUACUCAAACUACUUAAUAAUUGAUAGAUAUUUAGUUUAUCUCUCAAUUCGAAUUAGCUAUAGGGUACACUAAUUGUAUAGUUUUUUUUUUUCUCAAAGCACAGGGUUUGUCAUUUGACAUUAAAAAUCAGUAGUUUUAAAUUAAAGCAUUUUACGUAACCAAUAAACCAUCCAUCAAAAUAUUGGUUGAAAUAGAUCAGAACAAUUAAUAAUUGUAUUUGAAUAAACAAUAAUUGAAUUUCAGUAGUAUUGGAUUUUAAAAGGUUCUUUUAGUUAAAAAAUAUUUUUAUUUGUUUCACUUUACAGAUAAAAUAUUUGUUUAAUUCAAAAAAAUGUAUUCAAAUACAAUAUCCAUCAAUACCAAAAACUUGGUUUAAAUUGGUGAGUUACCCUAUUUUAUUGCAUUAUCAAAUAAAUAGUUAAGAUUAAUUAAAUUGAUCAUGCCUAAAUCUGUUGUAUCUUAUAAAAAUUCUGAUAAAUUGUUAGUAAUUUAAACUUUGUAAACAUAAUUUCCUAGUUUCAUCCUUAAUCUAAAAUUAUUUGAUCGACAUAAUCCAAUCUAAUACUUUCCAACAAAAAAAUUAUAUCUUGAUUUAAUUAAUUAUUACAGGGAUAAUUAAUUAAUAUGCUUAUCAUAUAUGAAAUUUCAAAGAACUCUUCCAAUAUAAAUAACAUAGAUAAUGGAGAUGGAUAAUAGAUAAAUAGCUGCAGAUGAUUACUCAAUAGAAAUUACAUCGAGUUUGAAUUUAAAUGGAAUCCCAACGAAUUAUAAAUUUCUUUUUCUACACAAGUUUUAAAAGGAUUAAUUGGUUUAUGUAAUAAUUGAAGAAAAUACUAUUAUUCAAUUUAUAUUUUAUGAUAAUGGAAAGUCUUUCAAAACACAUAAAUUUGUUUUACUUGCUAAUUUGAUAGACAUUUUUAUUAAUAGAUAAUAAAUAUUAAUAACAAUAGUUUAUGAAAAGUCAAUUGAAAUUUAUUAAUUAACAUUUGGUGACAUACAAAGGAAACUGCAUUAAACAAAAAUGAAGAUAAUUGCAGCAAGAUAACUAAAUUAUUUUGUAUAUUAUUUACUUGAAAAUUGUAAUAAGGUUGCAAUAAGAUUGUAAUCAAAUGAUAUCAACUUUGAAAUGUUAAAGUAUAUUUUUGAUUGUAAAAGUUCUCUUUAAUUUAUAAAAGAAGAUGUUUAUAUAGAUAGUCAUUCUAUAAGUUUGAAACAUAGGAUGUCUUUUUACGUUCAAAAAUUAACUUUAAAAGAGCAGGUAAUUGAAGUAAGAAAUAUACUAACAGAUCAUCUUCUGCUGUUCACUUGUUAUAAAAAUAAAUAGUAUGUUAAAUUAUAUCAAGUUAAUUUGGAUGAAGUUUUCUAACUUUACACUCUACCCACAUAUAAUUAUUCUAUCGAGUUCCCAUUUUACUAUCGAAUAGAGAAGUCAAUUUUAAUGAUUAAAGCAAGAAAUUCUAGCUAAGCUUUCUUUAUAUUGAUUUAUGAUGUCUAAAAAACAGCAGUUGAAUGCUUGAUUUAAAUUACGGAAAUUGAUGAGGAAGAAAGAUUUCCAUUUGAUUUUGUUAACGAGGGCGAAUAUUUUUUUUAAUUUUAGGAAUAACUUAAAAUACAACCUUUGCAUCAACCAUGUUUUUACUUCAAACCAGUUUAAGAUAGUUUAGACUUUAUUUAUGAUAAACCUCUAAAAAUUAUAACUUACUCAUAAAUUAGCAAUUAAUAUGUAGAUCUAGAAUUCCAUCUUAUUAUUAUUAACAAGAAUUAUACAUUAUAAUAAUUGAAUUUGAGUAAGAAGAUAUUAACAGGGAAUAUUGUUAACGUAGAUAAUAUUUUUGGAACUGUUGAAAAAGUUGAGAUUAUUGGAACAGAAAAUAUAUUAGUAAAUUUACCACUUACGUUUAACAAUUGUUCCAAGAUUUGUCUUUAUUAUGGAUAUGGCGUUUGUGUUAAUAGAUCAUCUAUUAUAAAAAAUAUAUUUGAUUAAAGCAUAUCUAUAUCACGCUCUUAAUAUACAGAAUCUCCCAUUUUCUAUGUUGGAUUUAAUCCAGAUGAUUGCAUUCAUGCAAUUUACAUAAAGGGUAAUGAUUCUCUAUUACUGAAUCAAUUUAAUUUUUGCAAUUAGAAUUAAUCGUUACUUUAGAAUUACAAAGUCUUAACCAACAUUGAAACAUUAAGAAAUUUCAGAUAAAUUUAAGAUUUACAGAUAGCUGGUCAUUUCUUCGAUAAUUCCUAUUUUAGUUUUAAAUAAAAGAAAUUGCUUGAUAACAAACUCUAAGAUUCAUUCAGAUAAGUUACCUUUGAUUUUUUUGACGCCAUCAAGAUCAAUAAUUCCACUUACUUAACUCUAAAUGUAAAGUUAUAGUUGUUUGAACUCAGACUCAUAGAUUUUAUUCUAAUAGGAGACCAAGCUUAAUCUGAUAUCAUUUUCUAUAAAUAUUAUGUAUUGAAUGACAUGAUUGAUGAUACUCAUCUGAAAUUCCAUUAAGUGGUCUUUAAAACAAUUUACAUCUAUUAAAUUAUCAACAACAUUAAUCAAAUUGAAAUCCUGUUUAUUGUUUUUUUUAAACACCAUCUGGCUUAUUUAAUGAAAUUAACAUUUGAUUAGAAUAAUUUAGAUCAGAUGAAAUUAGUCUAAUAGGGAAUGAUAAGAUACAAUUAGGAUGCAAUAUUUGAGAAGUUACUCUUUAUUGAUAAUGAUUACAUUGUUGCAGCCUUUAAAUUUGAUGAAGAUACAUUUAUUAAUGUAUUUGAUAUCAGUGUUUUAUCAAAAACUAAAAAUAUAGACAGUAUUUAAAAGUUGAGAGAUAAUAAUUAUACCCAUAUUGAAAGAUACAACGCAACACAUUUUGUAAUUGUUGAGAGUGUAAGCUAAUCUUAUCAUUAAGUUCAUUUAAUUAGAAUUAAUAAGUUAGGACUUGAAUGUUAGGAAUAAUGCAAUGGAACUGCUUAUUUAAAGUUAAGUAAUAAAGUAUCACAACUUUUAAUUGAAAUUAAUUUUUCGCCUGAAUAAAAUAUUCAAAAGGGUUCUUUAAUCAUUAUCCUUCUCAUUAUUAAUUUUAUUUCUAUCUUGAAUAGAUUGUGGUGUAAAAAAAAGGAUAAAAAGAAGAAGGUAAUCUUGAGUAAUUGA